AAAAUUGGGCAAAAACCCAUGUUAAGCCCCUCAACUUUUUUGACAGCUAGUGAUAAUCCCCUGAACUAAAAGAGUGGCAGAUAAGCCCUCAAACCCCACGUAAGGAGCAAAUUAGCCCCUUCACUAACUGAGCUCUGUCACGCCGUUAGUAUAAUGGCUUGCGUGGCAUAGGACAUCCAACUGGCUCCAGCGUGGCUCCAACCUCUUCUUCAUUUUCCUCUCUCCUCUCUCUGUUCGUUUCUGAACCAGCGUUGAAGAUGAUGCACAUGACCUUGUAUUGGGGCAAACAAGUCACCUUCCUCUUUGACUCAUGGGGUACCAAUUCCUGGCUCAGUUAUUUCCUCACCUUACUCGCCUGCUUCCUCUUCGCCUCCUUCUACCAAUACAUGGAAGAUCGCCGAAUUCGCUUCAAAUCCCUCACCUCCACCAACCCCAUCUCCGCCGCCACCACUCUUCUCCCCAAAACCCAUUAUAACAUACAGAAUGAGUCAACUCUUAGCCUUCUCUCCCAGGAACAAGCUAUCAGAACCGACAAGGGGAAAGUUCUCUGUACCGGCGAGGGGAGUGGUCUCCGUACCGGCGAGGGGAGUUCCCGGUCUUUUUCCCAACAGAUCUCCAUUAUUACCCAAACAGGCAAAAGGAUCGGCCUUGAAGUUGAAGCUUCGGAUACGAUUGGCCUUGUUAAGACGAAGAUUCAAGAAAACGAAAACAUUACUCCGAAUCAACAGCGGCUGAUCUACAACGGACAACAGCUUGAAGACAGCCGCACUCUUGAGGAUUACAAAAUUGACGAAGAUUCAAUUGUUCACCUGAUCUCCUCCCAGCACUCCCAAAUUACCGGUUCUGUUCAGAUCCACAUUAAAACCCUAACCGGUAAGAAUAUAAGUCUCAACCUCGAGCCAUCCGAUACAAUUAACGAUGUUAAGGGGAUGAUUCACGCGAGAGAGAGCAUACCUGUUGAUCAGCAGGAUAUUUGGAUGGGUAGAAAGGUGCUUGAGAACGACCGCACUCUUGCGGAUUAUAAUAUUGGGAAUAAUUGCAGGCUUUACCUUUUUUCCCGCAUGCGCUUCCGUUUUCUUGGUGGUAUGCAGAUCUCUGUCAUACCCUUGAACGGGACAAGGUUCUCGCUGGAGAUCGACAGCUCCGACACUACAGUCGACGAUGUGAAGGCGAUGAUUCAGGAAAAGGAGGGCAUCCCUCAGGACCAGCAGCGGCUCAUAUUUCUGGGGAAAGAACUUGUGGACGGCAGCAGGACUCUAGCAGAUUAUGAUAUCCAUCAGGGGGCCACCCUCUUCCUGACGCACCGUCUUCGUGGCGGUUAUAGCCCGAUAUUUAAGAUUGUCGUCAUCAAUAAGGCGACUGGGAAGACUAUCUCACUGGAGGUCGAGAGCUCCGACAAAAUUGACAAUGUGAAGGCGGAGAUUCAGAAAAAGGAGAGCAUCCCUCCUCACCAGCAGCUGCUCUUCUUCGCCGGAAAACAACUUGAGGACGGGCAGACUCUUGCAGAUUACAAUAUCCAUGAGGAGGCCACCCUCCACCUGGCCUCUACAUGCUGAUCAUCUUUAUCAAGGUUAGCGGGUGAAGAGAUCAACAAUUUUGGGAGACUAAGAGUUUCCUAUGGUUUCUAGCAGUGAACAAGCUAUUCAGGCUUGUUGAGGUAACUUGUAUCUACCCAAAGCUAAAUCCUAGCGAAGUGUUUUGUAAAACAACUUCGCAUUAUUAGAAUAUGUUUUGUUUACCAAAUGGAGCAUCAAGCAAACUUAAGAGCUGAUUCUUAAUCUAGUUUAUUAUCAUAGAGUUUGCUGUAUAAAAAGUGUAUACACGGACUGCCUGAGGACUUGUGAAAAUAUUUAACAUAUGUGUUUUCAAAUUGGAAUCUAAGCUCCUUAGUUUGCUACAGCGGUGAUUAUCUGUUCUUUAAAUCUUUAGUUAUCUGAUUAUUAAAAGUUAAAUUGUUUU